AUGUCUCAACACCGAAAACUGAAGCUGCGACGUCUGAUGACUGUCGCCGCUCUGGUCUACGCUCUGAUCCAAAUAUACCUGAUGAGAGACCGGCUCCAGACGCUCUCCCUCCCCCAUCCGACGCAUUCGCCGACUCCGCGUCGGGUGGCCAAGGUCUCCAUGGUGUACGGGACUCCGAACCGCAUGCACGAGGGCGCCUUGCGGAGCCACGAGCGGCACGCAGCGCGAUGGGGGUAUCCGGUGCAUGUUUUACGGCACGAGGCCGGCGCCGGCUUCUGGACGAAGCAGACAUAUCUGCUGGCCACGAUUGUCAGGGAACUAGCAAAGCCGGCGGGCGAACGCGUAGAGUGGAUCAUGUGCGUGGAGGCAGACUCCGUCGUCCUGAACCCAGAAAUCCCCGUCGAGAUAUUCCUCCCGCCGCGCGACAUGGCCGACAUCCAUGUCGUGGCGACACGAGACUGGGACGGCCUCACCGCGGGCGUCUUCUUCGUCCAUGUGCACCCCUGGUCGGUCACCAUGUUCAGAGAGGCCGUCGGCUACCCGCAGUACAACCAAGGUGCAGACCCGGGGUAUGAUGCUGACCAAGAGGCCAUUGCGCGCCUGUUCGCCAUGACAACCGGGGGGCCGGACGGUACGGGAUAUGCAGAUGGAGUCGUCUACAUACCUCGGCCUUUUCUCAACGCUCACGAACUUGGAGGCGGCUCGGAGACCGACAAGGGCUGCUUUCUCGUGCACUUCCCGGGCACUGAGGAUCUACGCUGGCCACUCAUGGCCAGAUAUCUCCGCACUGUCGAGACGACACCGAGCGAGUGGGAGAUGCCCCUUGCGGAGACGGCGUACGCCAAGAAGACCAACCUCUUCUGGAGUCAGGUGAGAGAAGCAAGGGCCGCUCUUGGAAGAAGUGACAGAAUCCGCCCGUCUCUGGAUGACAUGACGACGGGGACGGCGCAAGAUGUCAACGACGAGAAGAAGGCGUCGGAGCUGUUGAAGGAUACGCUGCGCGAGCAAGCAGACGACGUGCAGUUGAUGCGGGAAAGGCUAGACGCCUUGCACAGGCUGAGGACCGUUCUUGGCUGGGAAAGCGAGUGA